UCUGCCUAUUUUGGAUUCUCGUGUGCGAUUGUGACCCAUUUGUGCGACUCUCAUAUUAACGCUUGUUGAUGACAUCUGAAUGAUACCUCUUGACUCGCCGUCGGCCUCGUCGUUUUGGUCGACUUGCGUCUUUGGGCCGGGUCCAAAGGAUGUCGAUGUAGUUUCUACGCGUGUUUCAGAUUGAUCGACGCGGAUUCUGAUCAAAAUCGUCAUCAGAGAGGCGUGAGGGGAGGAAUGUAUAUAAAGAGCGGCAAGAUGAUGGAUCGAUGGAUUCACAUCGACAUCGAUUCGCCACCGACCCACCAAACUAUUCAACAACCUCAACCUCGAUAUACUCUGCCUUCAACUUCCAUCCGUUCAGGCACUUCUCCCAUUUCCCAAACGACGUGUCUCAAGAUGCCCUCCGUCGCCCAUACCCCGAUCAACCAAGGCCACCGCUCUCAUCCUUAUCCAUCGAAACGUAUUCCCCAUCAGCUGUCGUCGCCCAUGGGCCCCGCUGCCUCUACAUGUGAAGCAGAUCCCAAGAGGUAUCACCGGAGCUGGUAUGCAGCUCGACACGACGAAGAUGCGGUGACGUUGAUUUCAUCGGGAAACCUCCAUUUCGCGGUCCCGGAAUACUACCUCCAGGCUCACAGCUCAACUCUCAGGGAACUUAUCGGGACGCUUCCCAAAGGUCCGGCCGACACCAGGCUCAUUGACUUACAAGCCUAUCAUCCUCAAGUCAUCUCCCUCUUCCUAGAUCUGACGACCAGUCUCAAUGCAAACCGCUUGACCGAGAUCAAAAGAUCUGCUCAAUACCUUGAGGUCAAAGCGUUCGCCGACCGGUUCGCCAUUUCCGGCCUGGUUGAUGGACUGAAAAAGAUCAGGGAUAAAGUCAUGAAGACGGAUCCGUUGGGCUUCAUGCAGAUCCUCGCCGACGAGGCCGUCGCUUCAGCUCAGACUGCCGAUAUCGAACGGGGCGUCACACAAAUAGUCGAGACGAUCGCGGCAAAUCAGCCGUGCCCACCGAAGCAACGAGACGCUAUUCGAUCCAGGGCCUGGGCGGUGCUUUCCUUGGAACUCGCCGGAACGGGAGUAGGAACGGUCAAGCCCAAACGCCGGCAGACGCAGUCGAGUGCCUCUACCAGCGUUUCCGAUACGAUCGAUACCCUUAUUCGCGACGAAGCGAGAGCUCUCGCCGGAAUAAUCAAGACAACCUACAACGAGGACAAUGCUUUUACCAAGGCCCGGCAACGCAUGUACAAAUCAGACGAAAUGAGGGAUACCAUCUAUGCACUACAGCAUCAAUUUUACAUCACCAGCGAGAACCAUUAUCCGGCGCGUUGGUCGACUUUUCAAGAAAGCAUCUACUGCACCGAUACGAUUGAAUACGAUAACCCGGCCCAUGCGCUCCCUACUCAGGUCGCUCAGGCACUCGGUAUGCCCUUCUACAGAGCGUUCACAUUCAGCCUGAACGAGGCACUGAUGCAGCAGAACUUCCGUUCCGGGUACAAGAGGGAUCCUCUGGGUAAACCUCCCUUUCAUGCCGAACAAAUACAAUCUCAUGAGCGGAUGGAACAAGACGUACAGCAAGGAAGCAGCCAGAAUGAAGAGAGUCCUUUCGUCGUGCUUCCAGAGAACGCACUCGGACUAGCCUCGCAACCGGUCGUCCGACUUGGGAGUCCGAUUCCGACUCAGUCGAACCUUCGCGACGGGACACCUCAGCCUUCGCGAUCUCAGCAAUUCGGCCCAAUCCCGACUAGCCAAGGCUCCGCUCCUGCUUCGUACGUCUCGCCUCAACAACAGCACAUUCAUACGCAGUCUUCGAACGGUUCGCCGAGGUCGUUCAACCGUCAAGCGUUUACCGCUCCUCUGCCCGACCGCCCUUCGCAAAAGACCCCGCCAUCCACCGGAUCCUUCAAACCGCCUCCAAGCAGGAUGUAUCCUCCUGCUACAAAGGUAGUGAAGAAGCAAUCGCAGAUUCAACCCGCCGAACCCGAAGUCAAACAGGAACACGAGGGGGGCCUCGCCGUAAAGGACGAAUUUGAGUACUCGGGUCAGGAGUUGUGGGAGGAGAUUUGGACCAACAUGAAAAGCCACUUGGAGACCGAACUCAAUCCCAUCUCUUCCGUCUGCGAUUGGGAUGAUUUCGUCUUGGAGGAGAUCGAGGAGACGUUUGAAGCGGAUGAUCAAGCUUCGGAACUGGAUAUGCAAGAGGAUGGAGAGGUCUUUGACGGCAAGUCUCCUGUAGCGGGGCCCUGCAGUCCUUGUUAA